CGCAAGCAACACCUCCACGAAUCGACAAUGGUCACCUUCUAUUCCUGCAUUCUCCUGGCCGUGGCCAGUGGUGCCUUCGCUGGAUUCGUAGCGGUGCCUGCAGUGCCGGCAGUCGCAAAGGUCUACACUGCACCCGUGGUCGCGGUGCCGGCCGUGUCCACCACCGUCCACCACGCUCCUGCGGUUUCCAAGGCUAGCCGGGUGGUCAGCUACCAGUCGACCCACCCUGGGGUGCCACACACCUUAGCCAAGGUGUCCACCUACACGCCCGCGGCCACGGCCGUGCACACCGUGCACGCUUCGGUGCCCACCGCGGUGACCGGUGUUGUCCAUCACGUUCCAGCCCACAGCUACGGCUACUACCCGGCUGGCUACAGCUACGGCCACCGCUACGACUACCACCCGCAUCCAGUGCGUUAUGUGUACGGCGUCACCGCAUAGGAUCUUCAGCACGGCCCUAGAUGAGAAGACUACUGCUAUUCUGUAAACAUGAAGAAAGAUGCAAUUCAAAUGGCGCAAACCAAUGGCUUCUCUCAUCACAUGUGUCAAUGGGAAAAGGCGACAUUGACACAGUACAAGGUGUUCACCUAUUUUCUCUGGAAGGGAAAAGCAUGAUGUCAUACUGAUUGCACGAAUAAAAUGUUUUGUUUCCCAGA